AUGACUGAACAGUUCUCCGAGGUAGGUAAAUUACGAGCUGUGCUGUUGCAAAAUCUCGAAACAGUUGGGGAAACCGUAACCAGCUACACUGAGGAUAUCGCUAGGCUAGACGUUUUAACGCGAAUAGAGAAGGUUAUACAGAAGAUAGUCCACAGUUUAUCCAAGAGAGAAGCACCGGUGUUGGAACUGAACACUCGUUCUUGUUGGUCUAACACAAGGUUUGACAAGUCUGUUGGCCUGCUGAUGAGUUCAGAUACCACUGUCACAACUAUACGAAGUGACUGCCCUUCAUCUGUACACAAGUUUGCACUGUUUUUAAAGGUCCUGGCAAUGAUUUACAAACUAGUCCAAACUGACUCAUAUGCAACCAAAAGGGAUAUGUACUAUAAUGACCCUCAGCUGUUUGGGACACAGAGGAAUCUGGAUUUAAUUGUGGAUGAUAUUUCAUGCAUGCUCAGAGUUCCUCGGAGGAGCUUACAUGUGCUUGCCACUUCUAAAGGAUUUAUCUCUGGUGAUCUGUGUUACUUGGAGGCAGAUGGCACGAGGGUGGAGUGUUCUUCUAGUUCCGCAGCAGUCCCUGUGUCCUCUAAUGUCAGUGGGAUUACAAGUAUUGUGUCAUCUGCAAAAUUUGUUCUAGUUGUUGAAAAAGAUGCAACUUUCCAGAGGCUCUUGGAUGACGAGUUUUGCACUCGGUUGCAUCCAUGUGUCAUCAUAACUGGUAAAGGUGUACCAGAUGUCAACAGCAGACUAAUGGUGAGGAAACUGUGGGACACACUGCAUAUUCCAGUCUUUGCUUUGGUGGAUGCAGACCCACACGGCAUUGAGAUCAUGUGCGUCUAUAAGUAUGGAUCCAUGUCAAUGGCCUUUGAGGCCCCAAGUCUGGCCAUCCCCUGUAUCCUGUGGAUGGGCCUGUUGCCUUCAGAUAUUGAAAGGCUUGAGGUGCCACAGGAUGCUCUGAUUCCAUUCACAAAGAGCGAUGAGAGCAAGCUGAUAAGUCUGAGAAAAAGACCUUACAUCUCUUGCCAGCCUGCAUGGGAGAGAGAGAUGGAUAUCAUGCUGACAUGUAAGCAGAAAGCUGAGAUCCAGUGCCUUGCAUCUAUAGCUCCUCAUUUCCUUACCCGUGUGUACCUACCCAAUAAGCUGCUUUAUGGGGGGUGGAUAUGA